AUGCCAGUAAGCAACAUCACGAGCGAGGACGCAUUCGAUAAUCUUCUGGUGGAGAAUCGUGUGGCGGUUAUCGAGUUCUACUCCUCAACAUCGGGAUCAUGCAGAGCAAUUGCCCCGGUCUUUGAUCAGUACGUCCCCUUCGCUACGCUACGAGCAAUCCUACAAAUUCACUACAUCAUAGGCAAUUUAUGCAUCAUGAUCGCUGACUACGGCAGCUGCUCCGAAUGGGAGAAAUUCCACGCCGUAUCUUUUUUCAGAGUCGACGCUGGCGAGCUGCCGCAGCUGUCUAAGCACCGCGGCGUGACUGCGAUGCCCACGUUCCAGCUCUACGUGGGCGGCGACAAGGUGGACGAGAUCAAGGGUUCAAACCAGACAGCGCUCGUUGGCCUGAUUGAGGCAGUACUGUAA